GCCGCGAGGAGGGGGCUCCGUGGCGCGGGGGGGACAACAGCAGCGCGGCCGGGGGCAAAAUAAUAGAAGGCGGAACGGUGUUGAGUCGUCCUCCGAGGAGUCGGCGUACUCCCCGAACAACCGCGACAAUGCGCCUCGACGCGACCGAAGACAGCGGCACCGGGUCAGCGUGUCCUCCGAUGACGAGGAGGAUAGCGAGGAGGACGACGACCUCGACGAAGAUAAUCCUGAGCAGGGCAACGUCGGAAUAAAUGUUGAAAACGGCAGAGUACAACAGAACCAGCAGCAGCACAGGCGCGAGGCGGGAAAUCAUGGUGCCGGGGGGCGUGGCGCGAACAAUGAGGUAGG